AUGGGGGAAGUAGUGCUAGUUGGACCAGAGUUAUUGGAACAAACUACAAAGAAGGUGAAAAUGGUGAGAGAUAGGAUGCAGGCCUCUCAAAGUAGGCAGAAGGCCUAUGCAGACCGAAGGAGGAGACUUUUGGAAUUCACGGCUGAAGAUCACGUGUUCUUGAGGGUGACCCGAACCACGGGUGUGGGAAGGUCUCUUCGCUCAAGGAAGCUUUCUCCUAAGUUUCUUGGUCCGUACCAAAUCUCGAGGAGGAUUGGGCAUGUGGCUAAUGAGAUUGCUCUACCUCCUCAGUUAGCCAAUCUUUAUCCAGUAUUCCAUGUGUCACAAUUGAGGAAGUAUGUGUUUGACCCUUCUCAUGUGUUAGAAGCCGAGGACGUACAGAUCAGAGAGGAUCUUACGGUGGAAGUACCAUUCGUUGCUUUGGAGGAUAAUCGAGUUGAGGAACGUCGAGAAAAACCAGUCAGUCUUUUCAAAGUCAUUUGGGACCGAAGGACAUGUGACUCUACUUGGGAGCUAGAGGAGGAUAUGCGAGAGUCACAUCCACAUCUAUUUUCUUGGUAA